ACUGAAUGAACUAUUCAUUUGAGAGUGAGCAGGAAAGUGGUACGACGUCGUUGUACAGUGCCCAUUCUAAUACGAGUGGAGAAAGUGAGAGGAAAAACUUGAAAAGGGGCCUAAUUGAUAAUUCCCCAAAUCCAUAGUUGUUUUGCGUUUGCGAGCUGUGUAAUGGAGAAAUUGAUCCAGAAACCCUAAAUAGCCCUCAACGGUAUAUGAUUGUGAAUGGACGCGAAGGAUAUAUUGGGAUUACCCAAAAACUCAUUCCCACCCCUCGAGAAGAAGUCUCGACCUCCCAAAGAGUCUAAGAGAAAACCAGAUGGCAUUUCGCGCGAGGUUUAUGCGCUUACUGGUGGCAUGCCACCUCUUAUGCCUGCUAUUGAACCAUCUCAAUUGAAAAAAAAGCCUCCUUCUCUUGAAAAGAUCACUUGGCAAUGGCUUCCUUUCACCAGUUCUGCUCGUAAAGAUAAUCUUCAGCUUUACCAUUGGGUUCGAGUUGUCAAUGGUAUUCCUCCUACGGGGAACUAUUCUUUUGCCAAGUAUAAUAAGUCAGUUGACGUUAUCAAGUACACAGACGAGGAGUAUGACAAGUAUUUGACUGAUCCGAUGUGGACCAAGGAGGAGACAAAUCAACUAUUUGACUUGUGUGAAAGAUUUGAUCUUCGAUUGGUUAUAAUAGCUGAUAGGUUCCCAUCAUCUCGAACUGUAGAGGAAUUAAAGGAUCGAUAUUAUAGUGUAUCCCGAGCGAUAUUAAUUGUCAGGGCUCCAUCUUCUGGGGAUGUUGCAGCACAUCCUCUUGUAAAGGAACCGUAUAAUGUUUCACAAGAAAUGGAGCGAAAACGAGCACUAUCCAUGGUCCUCUCUCAAACAAGGCAACAAGAACGAAGAGAUGAAGAGGUUCUUGUCGAAGCAAAAAGAAUAGCUGAAUCACGCAUUCCUCCUAAGGUUGCUGAAGAGUCUCAGUUGGUUGCUUCUAAUGCUGGUGCGGAAGUUACAAAGAGGACUGUCCCGGUUGAGACUGUAUCUCCGUCCAAUAUGCAACUUCCAUCAAUGGUUGUGCCUUCUACAUUAUCAGAUAACACAUCUACUUUAGCUUCUCUUCGCAUGCUUCAUGUAUAUUUGAGAACAUAUGCUCUUGAGCAAAUGGUACAAGCUGCAAACUCUUCUGCUGGACUUCGAACUAUCAAGCGGGUUGAACAAACUUUGCAAGAUCUUGGGGUCAAUUUGAAACCAAGGGUUCCCACGAAAGCCGUUUGUGCAGAGCAUCUUGAACUAAGAAAAGAAAUACUAACUUGGCUGAAUCUCCAGAAACAGGUGCAAUAUAAAGAAGCAGAAGGCUCAUCUUUCCGUGAUGGGUCAUAUGGUGAAACACCAGGCACGCCAAAGGAUCGGGCAUUUAUCUCCAUAUCAUAAUCUUGAUGCAGCUGAGUCCUCCCCGUUCAUUCAUCUCCCUACACAUAUUUCUCCGUGACAAUGAGGACGUUCCUAAUCCUAGGCGGAGAAGGUGACAUUGAGAAUAUCUGGAAACUUGUCUUUGAUAGCAGCUUUGAUUCUUGAUCCAAUGGACUCAGGCCCAACAUACUUCACAAGACACUCCCCACCUUCAACGGACAACACUUCCACACUCCCUCCAUAAUUCUUAAUGGCCGGUCUCAAUAUCUCAACAUGAUUAUUCACCGCCUAUAAAUAAUUUCAAUUUUCACCUCAGACAAUCAUAUAAUCACUUUUUAUUAUAAACAAUUUCAAUAAUUCAAAUAUGUAAACAAAAGCUAACCUCAACUGUUGUCUCUCUCGUUUCUUUGCCGUAGAUUUGCCGUAUAUCCUUCACGGCGUCGCCAAAUUUUUCCUUGAGAACGCGCUCGAUCCCCAUUUUCAUUGUUGUGGUGGAGCUAGGGCAACUCUCGCAUGCUCCUUAGAGACGUAGGGAUAUAACGCCGUCUUCCACGGAGACGACGUCCACGUUGCCGCCGUUGGCGAUGAGGUAAGGGCGAACGUCGUGAAGAACGAGGUCAACAUUUGAUGCGGUGAGGUCAAAUUUCGUGGCAGAGUAUAAUCCGGGAGAAGACUGAAGAUUCUGGUUGUGAUUAGAGGCAGAGACCAAUCGGAUUGUAUUGUUUUGCUUUUGAGGUGUGAAACUGAAAACCGAUGAUUUGAAUUCAUGGUCAUGGUUGAGUACUGAAUCUAAUUGUGGAACAAAUAAGGGUUAUUGCCGUCAUAGGAGCCACUAAUCACAGACUCACGAACACUACGAAUGUGAAAGAUAUUUUGUUUGAAAUAAUUUUUCGUAAGAGGCAAGUGUCAAUGGUAACUAACCCACUGGGCUUG